AGGAAGCUAUACGAUUGGCUAACAUUUUAGUUUCACUUAGACCAAUGGAAACGCGACUAUGCAGGAUGCUUACCUUGAUUGGGCAAAACUGAGCUAUGACUUCACUGGAGAAGAAUCACUAGAAACCUUUACUGCACCUCAUUUGCAUAAAGCCUUGGUGUUAAAGAGGUACCUGUUGGCGUCCUGAUCUUUCGUUUAUCCCUUGUAUCGCAGUUCUUCGCCAUGCCUGAGUUUGCCAAGUCCACUCCUGCCCCGAAGAAGGGUUCCAAGAAGGCGGUGACCAAGGCCCAGAAAAAAGAUGGUAAGAAGCGCAAGCGCAGCCGCAAGGAAAGCUACUCGGUGUACGUGUACAAGGUGCUGAAGCAGGUCCACCCGGACACCGGUAUCUCGUCUAAAGCCAUGGGCAUCAUGAAUUCGUUCGUUAACGACAUUUUCGAGCGCAUCGCGGGCGAGGCGUCGCGCUUGGCGCAUUACAACAAGCGCUCGACCAUCACCUCCAGGGAGAUCCAGACGGCCGUGCGCCUGCUGCUGCCCGGCGAGCUGGCCAAGCACGCCGUGUCUGAGGGCACCAAGGCUGUCACCAAGUACACCAGCUCCAAGUGAGUCACUGAUUGCAGAGCGAUUGAUCAGACUUUCUCACACCCAAUGGCUCUUUUCAGAGCCACCUACACUUUCCGAAAAAGAGCUUGUCCGU